AUGGAUUCCCCUUCGGAUUAUCCCCCUUCGGAUUUAUCCUCAUCUUCAUCCGAAGAGAAUAACAAGAACGUUCCAACCAUGGAUUCGCGUCCAACCGCCAAGGAGUUGCUUGACCGCGUCGACUAUGAUAUCUCGCAGUUGCUGCAGCGGUUCGAGAACAUUGUCGCCAUUGCUGCCAACAAGUUCGACGGAACCAGCCACGUCGAUGCCGCUGUUGAAGCAUUCCAAAUCGAUGUUGAGUCCACUGCCCUGAUUCGUGCCGCAGAGGACCUCCUCGCCUUGUCUCGCCUCAUGAAGGAGCUUUGGCUUUUUGGCAAGCUCGAUACCCUCGGUGAAGAUGAACGUGACGUCCAGCGUCGGGAGAAGCUCGAGGGGGAUGUGGAGGCCAUUCGGCAGGCCCUUGAGGGAGGACUGUUGAUGCCAUAUUUGGAUGGCCCCGGAGAGCCCGAGAAGCCCGGGGACACUGAACAGUCCGAGGAGCCUGAGUCAAAGGACUCCGAGCAGGCCGAGAAGCCUGAGAAGACCGAACAGUAA